AUGCCAUCCCCCAGUCUUUUGGCGCUCGCAGUGAGCGUGCUGCCGCUCACGACUGCAGUAUCCUGCCCAUACAUCCAAGGAAAUCAGGCACACGAUGCUGUUCCCGUAUACCACCCUGAAGCCAUCGUCGAGGGCCGUGCGAGCCCUGAUGGGCCCGACUUUGGACGAUGCCCGCAAAAGAGCAAGGUGGCUGGCGGUGGUACACGAAGCACCGAUUUUUGGCCCUGUGAGCUCAACUUGGGAGUUCUUCGCCAGAAUGCCGACAAGACGAGCCCACUCGAUGCAGACUUCGACUACGCUUCUGCCUUUACCAAGGUCGACGUCGCGCAACUCAAGAAAGACCUGACCAAGCUGCAGACGGACUCUCAGAAAUUUUGGCCUGCGGAUUUUGGAAACUAUGGCCCUUUUUGGAUUCGUCUCUCUUGGCACAAUGCUGGUACCUAUCGCAUGAUAGAUGGUCGUGGCGGAGCCGGGAUGGGCCAGCAGCGCUUUGCCCCCCUCAAUAGCUGGCCAGACAAUGCGAGUCUGGACAAAGCCCGUCGACUCUUGUGGCCGAUCAAACAAAAGUAUGGGAGCGGACUGUCCUGGGCCGAUCUCUUCGUUUAUGCCGGCAACGUCGGUAUGGAGAACAUGGGUUUUCCGACCUAUGGAUUCGCGUUCGGUCGCGUCGACACAUGGCAGUCGGAUGAAGGCAUCUACUGGGGCAGCGAGCAAGAAUUCUUCCCCAGCAAGAAAAGUAGCGCGGACCGCUACAACGCCAGUACCGACAUCAACGAACGCGCCGAUAAGCUAGAGAGCCCCUUGGCGGCCUCCAAUCUUGGCCUAAUCUAUGUGAACCCCGAGGGCCCUGAUGGUACCCCAGACCCCAAGGCUUCUGCCAAAGAUAUCCGCAUGACUUUUGGACGCAUGGGCAUGGACGAUGAGGAGACUGUCGCUCUUAUUGCUGGCGGCCAUGCCUUUGGCAAGACACAUGGCGCCGUUUCUGGCGACAACAUUGGGUCAGAACCCAAUGCCGCUCCUCUCGAGCAGCAAGGUCUCGGCUGGAAGAACAGCUUCAAGUCUGGUGUUGGCAACUACAGCUAUACCAGUGGUCUGGAGGUGAUCUGGUCGCGUACCCCAACUAAGUGGGCAAAUGAUUUCAUCUUCUCCCUUCUGAGCCAUAAUUGGACUAUCGUUACGAGCCCUGGCGGUGCUAAGCAGUGGGAGGCCACUGGUGCUAACGCUUCUUACCCCGAUCCAUUCGAUCCGCACAAAUUCCACAAGCCUACCAUGCUGACGAGCGACCUUGCCCUCCGAUACGAUCCCACUUACAAAAACAUUUCAGAGACAUUUCUCCACGAUUUUGAGUAUUUCACAGAAAAGUUUGCUCUUGCCUGGUACAAGCUUCUUCACCGUGACAUGGGCCCACUGGCACGCUAUCUGGGUCCUGAAAUCCCUCAAAAAGCUCCUCUUAUCUGGCAGGACCCUCUUCCUGUUGCAAGUGAGCAUACUAUUGAUGAUGCUGAUGUGACGCAGCUCAAGAAAGAGAUCCUGUCAGCCUCUGGAUUGAACAUUUCCAACCUGGUAACUACUGCUUGGGGCUCAGCCUCGACCUUCCGUAUCUCCGACAAGAGAGGCGGCGCCAACGGCGCCCGAAUCGCUUUGAAACCCCAGAGCAGCUUCGCCGUCAACAACCCCGAUCGUCUGAAGACUGUCGUCAGCGCUCUGCAAGGAGUCAUGGAAAAGUUCAACUCAAACAACAAGAACAAGCAGGUCUCUCUCGCUGAUCUCAUUGUUCUUGGUGGCACAGCUGCUGUCGAAAAGGCCGCCACUGACGCUGGUUUCAACGUCACCGUUCCCUUCACUCCCGGUCGUGUUGAUGCAACUCAGAACCAAACUGACGAGAAAUCUUUCUCUUUCCUUGAACCCCAGGCCGAUGGAUUCCGCAAUUAUGGCAAGGGCACUAGCCGCGCUCUUACUGAAGAGUUGCUUGUUGACAAGGCCGCUCUCCUGACUUUGAGCCCACCUGAGCUGACUGUUCUCGUUGGUGGACUUCGUGCCCUCGAUGCCAAUUUUGAUGGUUCGAAGCAUGGUAUUCUAACCGACUGCCCGGGCAAACUCACCAACGACUAUUUUGUGCAACUCCUUGACAUUUCGAACACAUGGACACCAGUGGCGAACAGCAACGAGGAGCUUUAUGAGUCAAAGGAUAGCGAAAGUGGAAAGUUGAAGUACACGGCAACUCGUGCGGAUCUCAUUUUCAGCUCCCAUCCUGAGCUUCGCGCCGUGGCUGAAGUAUAUGCCUCCAGUGAUGCGAAGCAGAAGUUCGCAAAUGACUUCAUCAAGGCUUGGAACAAGGUCAUGGAGCUCGACCGCUAUGAUAUCAAGGGCCGCAAGCAGAACAACGUGCAAUAA